AUGGAAACUUUCCUAUUCACAUCCGAGUCUGUGAACGAGGGCCACCCGGACAAGCUGUGCGACCAGAUCUCGGACGCAGUCCUGGACGCCUGCCUUGCCCAGGACCCCGAGAGCAAGGUUGCCUGCGAGACCUGCACCAAGACCAACAUGGUCAUGGUCUUUGGGGAGAUCACCACCAAGGCCUCGGUCGACUAUGAGAAAAUCAUCCGCGACACGUGCCGGUCGAUCGGGUUUGUCUCAGACGAUGUCGGCCUUGAUGCCGAUAACUGCAAGGUCCUUGUCAACAUCGAGCAGCAGUCCCCCGACAUUGCCCAGGGUGUCCACGGCCACCUCACCAAGAAGCCCGAGGACAUUGGUGCCGGCGACCAGGGCCACAUGUUUGGCUACGCCACUGAUGAGACCCCUGAGCUCAUGCCCCUCAGUCACGUCCUUGCCACAAAACUUGGAGCCAGGCUCACAGAGGUCCGCAAGAACGGGACCUGCCCCUGGCUCAGGCCUGACGGCAAGACCCAGGUCACGGUCGAGUACUACAAUGAGAAUGGGGCCAUGGUCCCUGUUCGGGUCCACACUGUCCUCAUCUCGACCCAGCAUGAUGAGACGGUCACAAACGACGAGAUUGCAGCUGAUUUGAAAGAGCAUGUCAUCAAACCUGUGAUCCCCGAAAAGUACCUAGACGAGAAAACUAUUUUCCAUUUGAACCCAUCUGGCCGGUUUGUGAUUGGCGGUCCCCAUGGGGAUGCCGGGCUCACGGGCCGAAAGAUCAUUAUUGAUACUUAUGGAGGGUGGGGUGCUCAUGGUGGUGGUGCCUUCUCGGGGAAGGACCCGACUAAAGUGGACAGGAGUGGGGCUUACAUUGUCAGGCAGGCUGCGAAGAGCAUUGUGGCAAACGGGCUUGCGAGGAGGUGCAUUGUCCAGGUCUCGUAUGCAAUUGGUGUGCCCGAGCCUUUGUCGGUCUUUGUGGACACGUAUGGGACUGGGAAGAUCCCGGACAAGGAGAUUCUCAAGAUUGUGAAGGAGAGCUUUGAUUUCAGGCCCGGUAUGAUAUCAAUCAACCUCGACCUCAAGAGGGGCUCGGGCAAUAGGUUUCUGAAGACGGCAGCUUACGGUCAUUUCGGAAGGGAUGACCCUGAUUUCACCUGGGAAGUGGUGAAGCCUCUCAAAUGGGACGGCGCGCAAGCUUAG